CUUGUCGCGCAUACUGACAGGUAGGGUCGGUAUCGCUCAAACAGUCUGAUUCCCCUCUUCCCCUCCCAGCAUGGCUGCAGACUCGAUGGAGAUUGACGACUCUCUGUACAGCCGCCAGCGCUAUGUGCUGGGAGACAGUGCUAUGCACCAGAUGGCCCAGUCCUCAGUCUUUCUAAGUGGAAUGGGAGGCCUGGGAAUAGAGAUAGCAAAGAAUAUUGUUCUGGCUGGUGUGAAGGCAGUCACCCUUCAUGACACAAAACAAUGUGAGACCUGGGAUCUGGGCUCUAACUUCUUCAUUCGCAAAGAGGAUGUAUUGAACCAGAGGAGAAGGGGGGAGGCGGUGUGCCCUCGGGUUGCAGAGUUAAACCCUUAUGUCCAUGUUGACUUGUCCUCUGCCGCUCUGGAUGACAACACUGAUCUCAGCUUUCUCAGAAAGUAUCAGUGUGUGAUUCUGACCGAAGCCAGAUUGAGCAUGCAGAAGAGAGUAAAUGAGUUCUGCCACUCGCAACAACCACCAAUCAGAUUCAUUGGCUGUGAUGUUUAUGGGAUCUGUGCGCGAGUGUUUUGUGAUUUCGGAGAGGAGUUUGAGGUGUCAGAUCCAACAGGAGAAGAACCCAAGGAGAUUUUCAUCCAAAGUAUCACUAAGGACAAUCCUGGUGUGGUAACUUGCAUGGACAACCAACCUCAUGGCCUACAGACAGGCCAGAGUGUUGUCUUCAGAGAGGUCAAUGGCAUGAAGGAACUCAAUGGCACUGCACGUCCGGUUUCAGUCCUCUCUCCUUACAGUUUUGCAAUAGGAGACACAUCUCAGCUCCAAAUAUAUGCACACGGAGGUUUCUUUGUCCUGUUGAAAUCUCCGAAGACAUACAGAUUUGAAACAUUAGAGAAACAGCUGUGUGAUCCUCAGGUCCUGACUCCAGACUUCAGUAAACCAGAGGCUCCGCUACAGAUCCAUGCAGCCAUGUUGGCCCUGGACACCUUCCAGGAGCAGCACAGUAGACUUCCCAAUACUGGGUGUGCACAGGAUGCUGAAGUCAUACUGAAACUAACCGAGGAGGUGAAUGCAACACUCAGGAACAAAGCCCCUGUGAAUACAGAGUUGGUGCGCUGCCUGUCGAGGACAGCGAGGGGGACUCUCCCUCCAUUAGCAGCGGCUGUAGGAGGCCUAGCCAGUCAGGAAGUACUCAAGGCCAUCACUGGGAAGUUUGCACCCCUGCAGCAGUUGUUUUAUCUCGAUGCCAUUGAGGUCGUUCAGCCACUUCAGUCUCUGCCUGCUGAGGAGUUUUUCCCCAGAGGAGAUCGAUAUGAUGGAUUACGAGCUUGCAUUGGUGAAUCGAUGUGUGGGGAACUACACAAGCUCAGGGUAUUCAUGGUGGGCUGUGGUGCCAUAGGCUGUGAAAUGCUGAAAAACUUUGCCCUGCUUGGAGUGGGACUGGCCAAGAACUCAGGAGAGGUGUGCAUCACAGAUCCUGACCUUAUAGAAAAGUCCAACCUGAAUCGGCAGUUUCUCUUCCGACCACAUCAUAUACAGAAACCGAAGAGUACCACAGCAGCAGAAGCCACUCUGGAGAUCAACCCUGACUUGCAGGUGGAUGCUCACCUCCACAAGGUGUGUCCAGCUACUGAGGGUAUCUACAGUGACACCUUCUACUCCCGCCUGAACCUUGUGGUCACUGCACUGGACAAUGUGGAAGCUCGGAGAUAUGUGGACUGCCGCUGUGUAUCAAAUCAGAGACCUCUCCUGGACUCUGGCACCAUGGGAACUAAAGGACACACAGAAAUCAUUGUGCCAAAUUUGACAGAGUCCUACAAUAGCCAUAGAGACCCCCCAGAAGAGGAAAUCCCAUUCUGCACUCUUAAGUCUUUCCCUUCUGUGAUAGAGCACACCAUCCAGUGGGCCAGGGACAAGUUUGAGAAUUUGUUCGCCCACAAGCCGUCUAUGUACAACUCCUUCUGGCAGACCCACUCCUCAGCUGAAGUUGUGCUACAGAGGAUGCAGGCGGGGGAAAGUCUGGAGGGGUCAUUCCAGGUCAUAAAGCUGCUAAGCAGGUGGCCUAGCCAGUGGAGACAGUGCAUCACUGUAGCUCGUCUGAAAUUUGAAAAGUAUUUUACAAGAAAGGCCCUACAACUGUUGCACUCUUUCCCCCUUGAUACAAGGUUAAAAGAUGGAAGUUUGUUUUGGCAGUCACCAAAAAGACCUCCAGCACCUAUUGAAUUUGACUUGAAAGACAAUUUGCACUUCACUUUCAUUGUCAGCAUGGCCCGGCUCUUGGCAGGGAUUUAUAACAUCCCUUACUCAGAGAACGACGUCUCUGAAGAGGCGGUGACCCGGAUUCUGUCUGAAGUCAAGAUUCCCGAGUACCUGCCCUCACAGAAAUGUAUAGAAACAGAUGAGACGGCAAAGAAACCUGACUUUAUGAAGAUGCCUCUAAGCAGUGAAGAGGAGAGAGAGGCCAUCACACAGCUGGAGCAGGCUAUCGCUACUGACGUCACACUAGAGAGGCUACAGAUGAGACCGGUGCUGUUUGAAAAGGACGAUGACAGUAAUGGCCACAUGGACUUUGUUGCAUCAGCAUCUGCUCUGAGAGCUAAUAUGUACUCCAUCGAGCCAGCUGACAGACUCAAGACCAAACGCAUCGCUGGCAAGAUCAUCCCUGCUAUUGCCACGGCAACAGCUGCUGUAGCUGGACAGGUGGCCCUGGAGAUGAUUAAAGUGGUUGGAGGCUAUGAGUUUGAGUCUUUCAAAAACUGCUUCUUUAACUUGGCCAUUCCUGUAAUGGUGCUCACUGAGCCUGCCCCAGUUAAACAGACACUUAUCAGGGACAACAUCUACUUUUCCAUCUGGGACUGUUGGACUAUCGUUGGCCAUGAGGACUUCACUCUGUCUGACUUCAUGAAUGCAGUGAGGGAGAAGUAUGGAAUUGAACCCACUAUGGUUGUCCAUGGUGUGAAGAUGCUCUAUGUGCCUGUGAUGCCUGGACACUCGAAGAGACUCAAACUCACGAUGCAGAAGCUGAUUAAGCCAUCAGUGGACCGCCGCUACGUUGACCUCACUGUGUCGUUCGCGCCGGAGGCAGACGGAGAUGAGGACCUCCCUGGCCCACCUGUCAGGUACUACUUCAGCCGCAACGGAGAGACGCCCUGACACCUUCCUAGACAUCAUCCUCAAACCUCCUGUGUCCUUACGUCCCUUCUUUCAUGUAUACUAUUGUACCCCAAUUACCUGGGCCAGGGCCAAGAGCUUUCCCCCACAAUGUUGUAUGACGCGGGUAAAGCUCCUGGCCCCAGCACGAGCCUCCCCCGUACUUCAUGGAGCAAGAAAAGACCAGUCCUGGUUCCUGUUUUUCUUGCCUCAGAUCUAGCCAGUGGAACAUGAGGCUGCUUCAGUAGCACUUAACUGUACUUGUGUACAUACAUUUUCUCUGUUCUGUUUUCUACUCUGGUGAAAUGCACGGCUCCGCCUGUGUCGAUGCCUUAAUUGAUUAAUAAUGUUUUUUUUUGGCAGUGAGUCUGACUAAAAACUGUUUACAGAAACCUGCAAACUCCCAGCAUCUCAUUUGUGUUUUAAAUCUACUAGGCCCUAAAAAGGGGUGGUGGGAGGACUGUUGGGGACAAUAAAGUGGAUUUGUAGAUAGUAGGCAUCAUAUCUUUGUCCUCUCCUCCCCCUGGCUUUAAAAAUAUUGCCAACCACAAAAUGUUCCAGUUGUUGGGCCAUCUCCCCUUGUAGAAACAAGUCAAGCCAUUAUUUGUUGAAUAAUCUGGAGGUGUAACAGGUCAGUGGACAACAGAGAAACCACC